AUGUCUGCCAACGACGAAUUCAAGGAUAGCAACGUUGUCGGUACCGAGCGACCAAACCAGCCAGACUCCGUCGACAAUGACUACAAGAGCCGAACCGGACAGAGCACUAUUCCUGUUGUAGGCGAUGGCAGCGCAGAUGCUGGUGGAUACACAGACUCCAAGACAGCUGAUUCAGACGCUCAACUCCAGAAGGACGAGAAGGAUGCUAUUGACUCGUCGAACAUUAUCGACAGCCGAACUCGAGGUGCUACUAAGAAGGCUGGCACAUAUCAGGAGCCUGGCGAUACCGAAGGUCUUCCAGAAAAUGACGGUACUUCCGCAGUCUCGGGUGGUCCCAUCUAA